AUGCGACGUCUCUUUCAUGUCGACAUUCGACACCGCAAUUGCUUGAAAAGCAUCGGAAAGGGACGAGCAAGCAAAGAAGCACAGAGUGCGCCAUACGCUACCGUACACUCUCCUCCCCCUGCCUCUCCAUUACAGAUCAUCAACGCGCCAACUCACUUAUCGUAUUGCUCUCUUUUCUAUUAUACGCUUUCCCGCUGCCUUACCUACAUGGAUCAGAAGUUUUCCAUCAGUAGCCUUCUACAGGCUGCGGUCAGCGUCCCUGCAUCAAAGACUGAAGUGAGUAUAUCCCCAUUCAGAAGAUUAGCCUGUAACUAAAAACUAGUUCAGCAAAAUUUAAUUCAGCCUUUUGGGUUUCGGACUCUAUAGUCCAUUUUUGCAGUUGAGCAAGUUGCUCUCAAAAACUUAUCCCGAGAUUUGGAAAAUUUUUGAGGUGUAAGUUUCAGUUUUAUGAUGGAAUAAACACUUUUGAUGACACAUUUUAUAUCUUUUAUCUCGAUUUUACAACUUUUCAGUUCAUUUUUAUGAACGCUUUGCCCUAUACACUUCCAGAUGUGUUCAAAAUCUUUCUUUAUUUCUUACCAGCUAACUUGAAGAAUGAUAUUUGAAGAUUGAAGAAGAGAAGGACAGCACGUCUCCAGCUCCAACUGCCAGUAUUUGUUCCGAAGAUUCGCCGCAAAAUUCGCAGGAAGACGACUCCCCCAAAAACUCUCCUGUUCAACAUUCCAAUCGUGAGCAUUUCGGUUUUCCUGUUUCAUGACGAAACGAGUACAAAACGCAAAACAUGUCAAACGUUCGCAAUAGUUGUACUCAGCUCUUUCGAUUGUAUCCCACAAGGACAUGACGAAUUAAUUUUCAGCGCCUUACGGCUCUUCCCCGUGGUACAAUGCGAUGAACUACGUCAAUCUUACUCAGCAAUUGGCUGCUCAAAUGGCACAAGCCGUUCAGCCCAGUAUUUCCGGACAAGUUCCUUUGCUAAAUGGUUAGUCUGACUAACUUCCACACAGAAAUAACAUCCUAAUAAGUACGUACUAGUUCUCUUGAAGGAAAGGAAGUUGUAACUUUCUUAUUCUUCUCUUACUCGAAUUCAACAAAAAAAUUUUUUUCCCGUUUUUCAACUAAUGAAAAUUAACAAGAAAAAAAAAAUCAAAUUCAAAAAGUCUAAUUUCUAAUUCUCGAAAUCCCAAAGAAAUCUUGAAAGUGAUUUUUUUGCUGAAAAUUCGUCGCAAAAAAACUUAUUCCUGAAAACUUAUCAAACGUUCAAAAAAAAAAACAAAGUUUGAGUACACUACGAAAAACAAACUGAGAAACCAAAAAUAUGUUUAUUCUGACUCCUUGGAGAAUUUGGAAAAAAAUAGUUAUCAGAGAAAAAUGUUUUCCCAAAAUUAAUUAUUAAAGACAACAAGGUAAGCAAAAGUGAUCUACGUGUAAACUUGUUUGUUUGCGGUUUUCCGUGGCUCAGUGGCAUAAUCCCAUUAGUCUAACCGGGCGACCUGUGUGCAUUACACUGCAAUACCAUGCUGAGCUUUGUCUGUGAAUCGCAAAUUUGGCCGGUUGUAGCGCCUCCGUCGCUGUCGAAUCUGUGGGAUCCGCGAUUGCAGUGGCUUUAUCCCUACAUGGGCAAAUCUCAGCAGAAGCGCAAGGGAGGUCAAAUAAGGUUUGGUACAUUUUUUCUUAAGCUUUUGAUAUUUUACAAAGGGAGUCUUUGAUUUUGUAGUUUUCUGGAUUCUAGUCAAAGCAAGUUUUUAGCUAAUGAAUAAAGCUGAGUAAAAAAAAUUUUCCAUCCACAGCCGUUGGAUAGAAUGAACUUCUUUUCUCACAGACACAGAGCGGCCGGUUUUCGUUCAUUUACUCAAAAAAGAAGCUUUUGCACAAAAAGUUAUUGCUCUUUGAUCAUUUGAAAUUAUCAACAAUUUCCAAUACUGUACUGAGAAUUGAUCAAUUUCAGGUUCACUAAUGAACAAACUGACGCCUUGGAGCACAAGUUCGAUGCACACAAAUAUUUGAGCCCCCAGGAGCGGAAGAAGCUUGCCAAAUCGCUGAGUCUCAGUGAACGACAGGUGAUCAAUUGA